AAAAUCACGAGUAAUAUGGAGUAGUUUGACUGUUUGAGUAAAGAGCUGCAUCGUGUAAUUUGGGAAAAUUCUUGAAAUCAUAUCAAUGGAGCGCGAAGCAGGUGAUCGAUUCUUCGUCGCGGUGCACGUUGGCGCGGGUUUUCACGCGCCGUCGAACGAAAAGGCCCUCCGCUCCGCCAUGAAACGCGCCUGUCUGGCGGCCGCUUCGCUUCUCCGGAAGGGUUCUGGUGUAUGUAUUGAUGCUGUUGGAGCUGCAAUUCAAGUUUUGGAGGAUGAUCCUUGCACGAAUGCUGGGAGGGGAUCAAACUUGACUGAGGACGGUCACGUAGAAUGUGAUGCCAGUGUAAUGGAUGGUGACUCUGGAGCUUUUGGUGCUGUUGGAGCAACCCCAGGUGUUAGAAAUCCCAUCCAGAUUGCUGUGUUGCUAACCAAAGAACAGAUUUCAGGUUCAUCACUUCUGGGUCGAAUUAGUCCUAUGUUCUUGGUCGGUGAAGGGGCACAUAUGUGGUUGAAGUCCAAGGGUAUGGUUUCUGAUAGAAGUAUAGUGGAGGCUGAUGAGUGGUUGGUAACUGAAAGGGCUCGAACUCAAUGGAAAAGAUAUAGGGAAAUGCUUGAUGAUGCCAAAGCUAGAGAUGCCCAAUCACAUGAUCUUUCAGAGGUAAAGGGAAGUGGGACUCAGUCUCAUUCAUUAAGUACACUAGAAGAGGAUGCUAUAUCAGACACGGUUGGAGUAAUUUGUGUCGAUUCUGAGGGACAUAUUGCUUCUGGAGCCUCAAGUGGUGGCAUUGCCCUUAAGGUCAGAGGCCGUGUUGGACUAGCAGCAAUGUACGGUGCUGGUUGUUGGGCAUCCUCAAAAGGCCCUUCUGGGGCUCCUUUUAUUGUCGGUUGUUGUGUUAGUGGUGCCGGAGAGUACCUAAUGAAAGGAUUGGCUGCUCGUGAAUCCUGCCUAUCUUCAUCAUUGUCUCAGGCUGGUCCGGCCAAUGCCUGCUCGAAAGUAUUGAGAUCUGUUCUUGAAAGUGGCAAAUGCAUGAGUGAGAAGAGUGCUGGAGUUUUACUUGUUCAAGCCGAUACUUCUCCUCUGGGCCAUGGUGCUCGCCCAGAACUUAAAGCCGUCGAGAUAGCAGCUGCGUUUACUGCUUCGUCUUUCGGAGUAGGUUAUUUUGGGAGCUCGAUGGAGCGGCCCAAGGUAUCCAUUCUAAGAAGUUCAAGACUGCAAAAUCAAAAUGGAGUUGAUCAGUUUGUGGCAAGAGUUCAUCUUGAUUCUGAUCAAAUACAGUGGUUCCCAGCUUUGGAUGAUUAAUGUUUUUUCUCGACUUUGCCAGGCUCGCUUAGCUGCGGUGAGAGUGUUGGAGAGAAGCAUUGCUAUGGUCAUGGGCCCAACUCCUCCAGGAACCGGAGUGAUGGCUGAAGCAAUCUUGUUAGCCUCCUCAUAGCAUACGUCUCCAACAAGCCGAUAUCCACGGCUGCAGCUCAUGCCCUGUUGUGCAAAAAGCACGAGUUUAGCCAAAAUCGUAUAACUAGGUGGCAACAAGGAAGGGGAUUUCCAAGAGUAGAAGGCAUACCUCAACAGGAUUGAUUCCAACAUCGAUGACAACAGACGACUCAGUGAUCUCUUUGGCAGUUGCUUUUCCAUCAAUCACCUUAGCAGACGACUCAGUGAUCAAUGCAGUUGUAUAACAUCACAUGUGAAAUAAGAAUGUAUUCAGAAGAACAACUGCCAUAAGUGAAGAUCUGUCACCAAUCACUGUCACAACAGCCCCCAAAUAUAAAGGAAUAUACACAGUUUGAGCCCAACUUACGAAUUGGUGCUAAAAACUUCCAAGUUACUUGUAUUUAAACCCUGAUUCAGGGAGUACAUCUAACAAUAAUCUAUAACACGUUGCUGUCAGUGAUAUUAGACUACAAUGAAAAGGUCUAAAUAGAUUCAGAUA